CAAGGACCGCAAACUGAUUGCCAGUUGUCCCUAGCUGCCAUGCAGCGGCGCCGCAUACGAAAGCCAAACUACACUCACCAGGAGACAAUGAUCCUUCUAGAACAGCUUGACCUCUAUAAAAAUGUGAUAUUUGGUGGCGGGACCAUCAAUCAGCGAGCAACAGUUUGGACCACAAUAACAGAUGCUGUCAAUUCACUUCCAAACAGUGCUGGACGGACAAGAAAAGUAAUUAAUGUUUAAAUUUCACAGCGCUGUCAUCCUGUUUAUACAUUUGUUAAUUACCUACUUAUGGACCUUUGGUAAUUUAAGGAAGGCAACAUACUAAAAAAAGUUUAGGUAUUUUUAUCAGUGUUCAUUUAAAUUUUAGAUUUGUAAAAUCGGGCAGUAGUUUCAUUUGUGGCUACCAGCAUUUCUAGCCAUCCAGCAUGUUAAUGUUUUCACAUUUUUUUUAUAUUCAGGAGUUGCAGCAUCGCUGGAAAGAUUUGUCACAUCGCAUGCGACUCUUGGAGAAAAAGUUUGAGGAGUCCAACUCUAAAGAUGGUGCUAAUGUUUCUCCCUACUAUGAGCUGGUCAUGAAAAUUCUGCAUGGGAAAACAGAACUCUUUAACUUUUCUGUAAACUCUCCCCACGGCAGUCUUCACUCACCCACAGGGCUACCAGUACAGCCAGAUGAUGGCCACACUGACUGGACACCCUCGUCUGAGAUUGAUAUCAAGCCAGAUAAAAAUCUCCUGAAUGCCAUGCUGCAAAGCCCUCCUAGACCAGUGGGCAAUGGGUGCAUUUUGGCGGCACACACUGUUACCAAACAAACCAAAUCAGUUAAGUCAAAAGUAAAAAAUGGUUUCCCAGAAAAGCAGAGAAAUAUAUAUGAGGAAGAAGUUAUAUCACCUGAUAAAGACACUUCACUGAGUCAUGAACAAAUCCUUCCAAAAAAUAAAACAAAAUACAGCCCCAAGAAAUCAAAUAAUAGAUUUUCACAUAGAAAAACUCCAGAGCCAUUGGUGAAAAACUGUGACUUAUCUCCUGAAAACUAUAACUCCUUACAACAUCCAGUGUCAGUAGCUUCCCAUGAAGUAGCCACAACAUCGCUGUUGUCGGCCGUGUCUCAGUCACCGUGUCCGUACAGGAGUCUCUCAAUGAGAUUGGAUCCGUACACCCAGGAGGUCCUGCAAAUGGAUCAAGUGGACUCAGAUUCUGGGACUGAAGAUGAACAUUUCCACCACAGGAAGUGGACUAAUCUUGAG